UUCAACGCUUCCCCCCCAUCUUCUCUGUCUCUCUCUGUUUCUUCUCUUUUUUCCCGAGAAACUCUUUAUCGUUAGUUAUAAAGAAAAGUGUCAUUGUUGUUUCCCUCCAUCGUUCAACAAUAAAUAAACCCUGAUCAUCGAGAUGGAGCGAUCAAAGGUUCAAGAAGCAGAGAAAAUGAAAGAAACCGAUCGAGCGCCGCCAAUGAAAGCAGAGGAGCCGAACGCCGCUUGUGUAUCAGCUCUUAAUAUGAUACUCGAGUCUCUGAUGAGAACUACUAUGUUCUCAUGCGAUCUCGCGAUAACCCUUUUUCCAGUACAGCAUCAGGAAGUCGUACAAGCCUACUUAGACAAGUGUUACACCCUCUUUCUCAACAAACUAAAUCUUAUGGAAGAAAAUGGUGGUGGUGGUGUUUCUGAGAUUUUGAUAAACGUCUUGGAGAUUCUGCCUGGCGCGAACCGUCACUUAGGAUUCUGCGACUUGGUGAAAAUGAACUGCACGAGAUGCAAGAUGGAUACUGCAUAUCCACCACAGCCUUCUUUUGGUAUAUACAUCAUUGCCAAUUCACUCAGAGAAACCAAGGCAUAG